UGUUCCUUUUGUGCUGGUAGUACCUGUUGUCCUGUUUAAGUGGCCUCUUGGGACAUAUUCAAGGAGAGGCUGGCACUGAACCACGCCCAGAUACAGUAUCUGGGCCAGGAAAUGACAAGUGACUUCGUUACAGAUGUACCUGCAUUGAAGAGAGGACAUGACAAGGUGUGUUAUGACCCAAGACGACGUUUACCUGGCCAAACGUUAGGGAAGUGCCCAUGGCAACUUAGGAGAUCUGCAUGGCUGACUCGUGAGCUAAUGCCUCGCUGAAACCGACGGAUUGGGACAGCAGCCGUUAUUCAGAUCCUGGCUUCUAGGAACUUGAGGAACCAAGCCAUUGACUCUUGUUUUGGUUUGUUUGUUUGUUUGCAUAAUGUUUACUUUGGAAGUGAAGAUAGCGUAAACUGUACAGGAACUGCGACCAUGUGACGUCAGUUGUCCGUGCGAACCAUCCCGGCACAAGACAGAGAGUUGUCGGUUGGGCAAUUGGCACCCACGGGCGUUGUGCAAAGUUGUCUGGCAGGGUAUAGACCAACCUAACCGCGUCUGUACACAGCAGGCGGAUUUUAUCCAGAAUACACCAGGACUAGUACUAUGGAAUUCUGUGUGAUCUUUAAAGCUCUCCUGACGCGUCUGCUGUUCGCGGCACACGGUGUACUAUGCAUCUGGAGGACCAGUAUCGUACAGGGGACUAGCAACUUCUGGUUCCUGAUGCUGGCCGAGGCUGGGCUGUUCAUCGAGACACUCUUCACCUUGAUCGCCAGGAAAGGCAAGGAGUGGAAAUGGUUCUGUCCCAGCGUGCUGUUCUUUCUGGGAUGUACAGUACCCUCGAUCUGGUUCUUGGAGCUGGAUCAAUUGGAGCGACGCCUAGCGGCGAGAUCUGUGAUGCAGGACGCGUGCAAAAACAUGACCGUCAAUGUCACAGUAACGAGUGACACCCCAGAUGCACUGCACCUGCAUUCCAUCGGAAUCAACGCGGCUUUAACGAUCGAGAACUGGGUACUUGCCCUGGAACAGAUCCUGGUGUUUCUUCUCAUCAUUGGACGAUGGCUGCUGCCCAGGGGAGACUUGACACGUGACGAGCUGUCUCAACUCCUAUUGGUCUACAUCGGCAUGGCCGCCGACAUCGUGGAGCUGUUCGAAGUGUUCGAAGAGGAGAAUGUGAUGUACAAUACCAGGGUGGUCUACUGUGUCCUCGCGCUCUUCUCCUGGAGCCUUCUACAGUUUACCAUCGUCUUCACGGCCGUCAAAGCCAGGAAAUCGCGUCUAGGCGCGAUAAACACCGUAGAAACAGUUGACCAUAGCAUCUCGCGGGAUAACCAAGUAUUCAACGUACAAAAUCAGCCGCCAAAGUGGCACAACGGUCACGUCCGGGACUCGGUGUGCCAGCCACUGUGGCGCACCCAAGCGAUCGGCGGAAGAAGUGCAGAACAAACGGACGAUCUGCGGUUGCUGCCACCCAGAAUCUUCGCGAUUUCCACCACCAUCCUGAUGCAGGACGCCCCGUUCCUGGCGUUCCGGCUGUACCUCAUCUUCUACGAGCACAUCAUCACGCAGGGGCUUCUCUUCUUCAUCGGGAAGAACGCGCUGGUCAUCGUGCUUCAGAUCUACCGAGUCAUCGUCAUCUGUACCGAGGAGGAGCAGGAGGACAGUGCGGCAGAGGGGAAGGAGUUAACUGACUUUGUCACUAUCGUCAAAGACGACAACAGGAAUAGCGACGUGGCAGGCUACGAAAACAAUGCACUGGAGGUCAACGAAACAACUGUUACCAGCGGAGAAGAUGGAGCAACGUCACAGUAACACGCGCAAGAAACACAAUGAGUAAAGACGCGUAUUUUCAUAAACGUAGUGCUUAACGUAUGUUUUACGAACACUUUAUUAUUUCAUUACAUAUUUCUCGUACAUGGUUACGUAUAAUCUCCAUGGUAUACUAGUAACAGGUCUCAUAAAAUAUGUGUGUUUUACGGUGUCAAAAAGAAUGCGUCACACUUCCUUAAAGUAUUUUAAAAUCUUCGUGUUUUUUUAAACACCAUAGGUUGUGCACAGAUAACAGUAUGUAUAUAUAUAUCAUAUCAAGGUGUAACGUUACAUAGUGGUUCAGUUGCAUGACGGGAUCGUUUGUAAGAAAACAAAAAUGGCGGAUCCUGGUCACAUUAUUAACACGAAAUGUUUGAUUUUUUUUUCAGCAGCGAAGUUCUAUCGCUUGACACGAAUGCGCUUGACAUAAUAUUCCAUGACUAGAAGAUUCCGAUAGUACGAUUAUUGAGAUUUAGGUUUACAAAUUAAAACCUGUCCUAUAUGUGUGUAACCUGUGUUAUUUGAUGAGGUAGUACGUUUAUCCAACAGCAUGUAAUGUUAACGUUAGAUUUAUUUUGGUAUUACAUACGAAACGGUAAUUUUAGAUGAUAUACUGUAAAUGACUUUUUUAAUGUUAGCUGAUAUUCAAUUUUACAGUAGGAAGAAAUUAUUUUUAUUAUUUAUUUUCUGCUUGAAACAAUGAGGUAGGCGAGCAGAAGACAGAACAAGCAUUUUCGGGGUGGUCUUAAGUUUGAACAAUUAUUGCCAUUACUAGUUUCACUCUUGAUUCCAAAUCCUGUGGUUCGUUGUACACAUGGUGCCGCAUAUCAAUCAUGACCUUCAAUGCCCCAGACAUAAUUAUGGAGAUGAAGGUAAGGACAAACACUCAAGCACCUGUUUAAGGGUUCAAGAAACGCCCUGUGCAAACAAGGGAAAACAUCAGGUUUAAAACAAUCACUAAAUAGACCAGGGCUCGAAAUUCGUCUUUGGGAAUAGGUACUAGGUGCGCUGGUGCACCUAAUCUAGAAAUGUAGGUAUAAAGAAUAUCCUGUAUACGCACAUUACUAGUGUACCAUACGCACCCAGUAACAGUAUUUCGAAUCCUGUAGAGUGUAGACCAUCUCUAUCCUAUUGUCAAUAAUAACAUGACGUAUGCUCUUGUCUGUAACAGUAUAUUGUGCUGUCUUUCUUCGUAUUCUCCGUAAACAUGAUAGCCCGAAGGCACAGCUGAC